ACGCGUCCGGUGACGUCACCACGCCGGCACGGGAAGGUGGCGGGAAAGGAUCCCGGUGACAAUGGAGGUGGCGGAGAACGGAACUGCUCCGGCCCGGGCCCCGGCCGCAGCCCCGGCCUCGGGCACGACUCCCGGCAAGGCCCCCGGGACUCACUACGAGCUGCCCUGGGUUGAAAAAUACAGGCCAAUGAAACUGAACGAAAUUGUGGGGAAUGAAGAUACCGUGAGCCGCCUGGAGGUCUUUGCAAGAGAAGGGAAUGUGCCCAAUAUUAUCAUUUCUGGUCCCCCAGGAACUGGCAAAACGACCAGCAUCCUGUGCUUGGCGAGGGCCUUGCUGGGCCCCUCCCUGAAAGACGCAGUUCUGGAGCUCAAUGCCUCCAACGACAGGGGCAUUGACGUCGUAAGGAACAAGAUCAAGAUGUUCGCCCAGCAGAAGGUGACCCUCCCCAAAGGCCGGCACAAGAUCAUUAUUCUUGACGAAGCAGACAGCAUGACCGAUGGAGCCCAGCAAGCCCUGCGGAGGACGAUGGAAAUCUACUCCAAGACGACCCGCUUUGCUCUCGCGUGUAACGCCUCAGAUAAAAUCAUAGAGCCGAUUCAGUCCCGUUGCGCCGUUCUUCGGUACACGAAGCUGACCGAUGCCCAGGUGCUGGCGAGGUUGAUGGCCGUUAUUGAGAAGGAGAAGGUGGAGUACACAGAUGACGGGCUGGAAGCCAUCAUCUUCACAGCCCAGGGAGACAUGCGGCAGGCAUUGAACAACUUACAGUCCACCUAUUCUGGGUUUGGCUUCAUUAACAGUGAAAACGUAUUCAAGGUUUGUGAUGAGCCGCACCCGCUCCUGGUGAAGGAGAUGCUGCAGCAUUGCGUCAGCGCCAACAUCGAUGAGGCCUACAAGAUCCUUGCCCACCUCUGGCGUCUCGGCUAUUCCCCAGAAGACGUCAUCGGCAACAUUUUCCGGGUGUGUAAAACCUUCCAGAUGCCCGAGUAUCUGAAGUUGGAGUUUAUCAAGGAGAUCGGAUACACGCAUAUGAAAAUAGCGGAUGGCGUGAACUCCCUGCUGCAGAUGGCGGGCCUCCUCGCCAGGCUUUGCCACAAGACCCUGGCACCCGCAGCCAGCUAGAAAGCGAAUCUGGGAAUCCACGCAGGGCGGGUGAUGCAUCUGAAGUCGCGUCCUCCCUGUCUCUGAUGGGGAAAAACUGGCCUCAGGACUUUAACUUCCUGGCGGGAGAGAGGCUUCCUUUUGCUGUUAGAAUUUUGGCCGCCUUUGAGUACACAGUGUUUGCCCCAAAGGGCUAUCGGCCUUGAACGUGGAGCGGCUGUGACUGGCUGGAUGAAGAACAGCAAGGUGGCCUCUCCCUUGCUUGUGUUGGGAUGUCAAAAAUAAAAUAGCAGAAUUUGGAA